AUGGUCAACUUCACCGUCGACGAGAUCCGUGAGCUCAUGGACAAGCCCACCAACGUCCGUAACAUGUCCGUUAUCGCCCACGUCGACCACGGCAAGUCGACCCUCACCGACUCGCUCUUGUCGAAGGCCGGUAUCAUCGCCUCGGCCAAAGCUGGCGACACCCGUGCUAUGGACACUCGUGCCGACGAGCAGGAGCGCGGUAUCACCAUCAAGUCGACCGCCAUCUCGAUGUACUUCGAGCUGCCGAAGGACGACCUCCCCGACGUCAAGCAGAAGACCGACGGCGGCGAGUUCUUGAUCAACCUCAUCGACUCGCCCGGUCACGUCGACUUCUCGUCGGAGGUUACCGCCGCUCUCCGUGUCACCGACGGUGCCCUCGUCGUCGUCGACACCAUCGACGGUGUCUGCGUCCAGACCGAGACUGUCCUUCGUCAGGCUCUCGGCGAGCGCAUCAAGCCCGUCGUCUGCAUCAACAAGGUCGACCGCGCCCUCCUCGAGCUCCAGAUCGCCAAGGAGGAGCUCUACCAGACCUUCGCUCGUACUAUCGAGUCGGUCAACGUCAUCAUCUCGACCUACAAGGAGGAGGCUCUCGGCGACGUUCAGGUCUACCCGGAAGCGGGCACCGUCGCUUUCGCCUCCGGUCUUCACGGAUGGGCGUUCACUCUCCGCCAGUUCGCCAACCGGUACGCGAAGAAGUUCGGUGUGUCGAAGGACAAGCUCAUGCCGAAGCUCUGGGGCGACAACUACUUCAACCCCAAGACGAAGAAGUGGUCGACCAAGGCGGUCGACGCGGAUGGCAAGCCCCUCGAGCGUGGUUUCAACAUGUUCGUUCUUGACCCCAUCUUCCGCAUCUUCGACGCCGUCAUGAACUUCAAGAAGGACCAGAUCCCGGGCCUCCUUGAGAAGCUCGAGAUCAACCUCACCUCCGACGAGAAGGACCUCGAGGGCAAGGCUCUCCUCAAGGUCAUCAUGCGCAAGUUCCUCCCCGCCGGCGACUCUCUUCUCGAGAUGGUUGUCAUCCACCUCCCCUCCCCCGUCACCGCCCAGCGCUACCGUGUCGAGACCCUCUACGAGGGUCCCAUGGACGACGAGAGCGCCAUCGCCAUCCGCGACUGCGACGCCAAGGGCCCGCUUAUGCUCUACGUCUCGAAGAUGGUCCCCACCUCGGACAAGGGUCGCUUCUACGCCUUCGGUCGUGUCUUCUCGGGCACGGUCAAGGCCGGCCCCAAGAUCCGCAUCCAGGGCCCCAACUACGUGCCGGGCAAGAAGGACGACCUGUUCGUCAAGUCGAUCCAGCGCACGGUUCUCAUGAUGGGCGGCAAGGUCGACCCGCUCGAGGACUGCCCGGCCGGCAACAUCGUCGGUCUCGUCGGUGUCGACCAGUUCUUGCUCAAGUCUGGCACGCUCACGACCUCCGAGACGGCUCACAACAUGCGCGUCAUGAAGUUCUCCGUCUCGCCUGUCGUCCAGGUCGCCGUCGAGGUCAAGAACGCCAACGACUUGCCGAAGCUCGUCGAGGGACUCAAGCGUCUCUCGAAGUCGGACCCGUGUGUUCAGACCUGGAUCGCCGAGACCGGCGAGCACAUUGUCGCCGGUGCCGGUGAGCUCCACCUCGAGAUCUGCUUGAAGGACCUCGUCGAGGACCACGCCGGUGUUCCCCUCAAGCUCUCCGACCCCGUCGUCGGCUACCGCGAGACCGUCCAGGCCGAGUCGUCGAUGACUGCGCUCUCCAAGUCGCAGAACAAGCACAACCGUCUCUACGUCAAGGCCCAGCCCGUCGACGAGGAGGUCGCCAAGGCCGUCGAGGCCGGCAAGAUCGGCCCCCGCGACGACUUCAAGGCCCGCGCGCGUAUCCUCGCCGACGAGUUCGGAUGGGACGUCACCGACGCCCGUAAGAUCUGGUGCUUCGGCCCUGACGGCUCCGGCCCCAACUUCCUCGUCGACACGACCAAGGGUGUCCAGUACCUCAACGAGAUCAAGGACUCGUGCGUUGCCGCCUUCCAGUGGGCCACCAAGGAGGGACCUUGCGCCGAGGAGCCUAUGCGUUGCUCGCGCUACAACAUCCUCGACGUCACCCUCCACACCGACGCCAUCCACCGCGGUGGUGGACAGAUCAUCCCCACCUGCCGUCGCGUCGUCUACGCCGCUUCGCUCCUCGCUGAGCCGGGUCUCCAGGAGCCCGUCUACCAGGUCGAGAUCCAGUGCCCCGAGACUGCUCUCGGCGGUAUCUACUCGACCCUCAACAGGAAGCGCGGCAUGGUCUUCUCGGAGGAGCAGCGCCCGGGCACGCCGAUGUACACCGUCAAGGCUUACCUCCCCGUCAACGAGUCGUUCGGCUUCACGGGCGAGCUCCGCCAGGCGACCGGUGGACAGGCGUUCCCCCAGAUGGUCUUCGACCACUGGCAGACUAUGGGCGGAGCGAUCACCGAGAAGGGCGGCAAGGUCGAGGCGCUCGCGCUCUCGAUCCGCACGCGCAAGGGUCUCAAGCCCGAGAUCCCCUCGCUCGACAACUUCUACGACAAGCUCUAA